AUGAUGAAUUUUGGUAAUUUGAUGAUUUUGAUUCAUUUUUAUUUUAUUUCUGGUAUAAGCAGUAUCCCCGCAAGAGCAGCAUCAAUGCGUGAUACGCAGACAAUUAUUAGGAAGAAAUGGGUGACACUGAUAGGCAGCAGCAGCAAUAGCAACAGCAGCAGCAAGUGGUCGAAACAUGUCCCAGAUGAUAUCAUGCAACCGAUUCUACAACGGCUAUGCAUAUUCGAUUAUGUUCGGUGUCGCUCAGUAUGCCGUUCAUGGCGAGAGUCUAUUGAUAGGGCAAUUGCCAGCAGAUGGUGUCGUCCUGCUCCUCAACUUCCAUGGCUUGUAUAUCGUCGGUCCAUGUUUUCAUUUUGUCUUUCAAAGUUUUCAUUUAAACGUCAGCAUAAUAUCAAAUUAAGUCUGCCGAAUGAUGAUGACCAUGAUGAUUAUGUUGGGUCAAUCGAGGGGUGGUUGAUGAGAGUCGAUUGGACUGGAUCCAUAAUUACCUUAUUGAAUCCCAUCUCAGGUGGCCGAGUGAUGCUUCCACGAUGCAAACAUGAGGUCACUGCUCCUUUCAUCAGUAAAGUUGUAGCCUCCUCGGUACCAACCACAACAAGCCCAUCAUCUCUUGUUGUGGUCUGCCUUUCCACGAAUGUUGAAAGAACGAAAGUCUGUAGACCCACUGAUUACACGACGACGCUGGCGGUCUGUAGACCCACUGAUAAAUCAUGGACCCGAAUUGAAGAGGGCCUCAGCUUUGAAGAUAUAGAAUUCAUCGAUGGGAAGCUAUAUGCUGCAACCAACAACCCGUCGGAGUCUUUAAUAGUGUUUAAGUUUGACACACAUAAUCAUGAUGAUCAGCAGCAGCAGCAAAUCCAAUAUAGGGCUGAAAGGUUGGUUGUACUUGACGACUCCGGGCCAGAUCGUGUGAGGUUCGAGCAUAUAUUUAGGAUAAACAAGAGUCGUCUUUUCCUUGCAAAAGAUUUCUCUGCAUCAACGGAGUUGUUUAUGAUUACUUUUCCAGACAAUUUUCUAGACGAGAAGCUGUUGCUAUGUCCACAUGAUUAUGCUGAAGAAUUUCAAGUUUUCAAGCUGGCAUUCGAUAAUAAUGCUGCUGCUAAUAAUGGUCAUCCUCCACCUCCUCCUCGAUGGGUAGAGAUUGUCGGAUUUCGUGAUCGGAUAUUGUUUCUAUUCCAGAAAGUCAGGGAAUACCUUGACGACGUUGACACUAAUGAUCUGCUUAAUAAUGAUCUAGUACACGGCAUCUGUACAUGUAUAAAUUUAUUAAGGCGACGAGCCGUAUGGCUCACCCCAAAUCCUUGGUAG